AACCUCCAGUCGAUAAAUUUGUCGGUAAAUUGUGUUAAAUGAUAACUGCAGAAAUGUAGUUUUAUAAAAAUAUUUAAUAUACUUCAUUCGACAACUUCGAUCACGUAUCCUGUUUUAACGCUAAAAAUGGACAUCGAGUGUCAGCAUGAAAAGGCACCUUGAUGCUACAGUCGCAUAAUGGAUGUGGCGGGUGGUAGAGUUACGACAAGCCGGCAACAGAUUGUCUUUCAAAUAUGCGCGUGAGAAUUCAGACGCGUUCUAACAGGACAUCGAUGAGGUCCGAUGCUCUAACACGGAAAUUGAAACGAUUGUCGACUAGUUAAACGACUCCCUGUGAUAAUGCAGUUGCAAGUGUCGUUGAAUAUACCGUUGGAGGACAAGAUCGGUUCGUCCUGGACAAGAAAGGAAAGACAAAGAUGGUUCCUGUUGUUGCUAGUCGGAACAUGCCUGAUAUAUGCCACGCGUACUUCUGUCCCUUUGUUGAUACCUAUUGUCAGCAAAGAGAAGCACUGGUCAAAGCCGGAUUCAGGUGUGAUCCUAUCCAGUUUCUUCUGGGGAUACACAUUGACGCAAGUAGCUAGUGGUUAUAUCAGUGACAAAAUCGGCGGACAGAAAGUAUUAUGGAUAUCAGCCCUUGGUUGGUCAGUAACGACCUUCUUUAUGCCAGAGGUUAUCAACUUUUCCAAGGGUAAAACUUCUAUCUUGCUGGUUGCAACAGUAAGAAUGAUAAACGGAGCAUUCCAAGGAAUGCAUUUUCCUAGCAUGAUUAGUCUGAUCAGUCAACGUCUGCACGAGACAGAACGCGCCUCCUUCUUUAGCUUGUUAACAUCAGGAUCUGCUCUGGGCACAUUACUCACCGGAUCCUUGGGCUCCUAUCUCUUGGAGAAUUAUAACUGGAUGAUCGUCUUUCAAACCUUAGGGGGCAUGAGUUUGGCAUGGACAACCUUAUUAAGCUACUAUAUCCUGCCGUUUAGGGAAAGAGCAGCUUCUACUAAACCGACUACUGACUACUCUUUGCCUUGGCUCAAGCUUCUGUCGAAACCUCCGUUCUGGUCCUGUGUAAUUGGACAUGCUUGCCAAAAUAAUUGUUUCUUCGUGUUACUAUCAUGGAUGCCUACAUAUUUCCACGACACGUUUCCCGAAGUUAAGGGUUGGGUCGUAAAUAUGGUGCCGUGGCUGUCGUUGCUACCUUGUACAUUCUUAGGAAAAGCAUUGUCCGAAAGAAUAAUCAUGUCUGGAUAUUCCGUGACGACGACGCGCAAGAUAAUACAAACGAUUUGUUUUGUCACCGAAAUUGGUAGUCUCUUGUUUCUAUCGAAGCGAGUGGAAACUUUUCAAGGCGCGAUGCUGUGCCUCGCUCUGAUUAUCGGCGCUUCAGGUUUCCAUAACAACGCCAUUGCCGUAAAUCCUUCUGAUCUCGCACCAAAGCACUCCGGCUGCGUAUUUGGUCUGAUGAAUACCGUUGGCGCAGUACCCGGUUUCCUCGGUGUAUAUUUCGCCGGGUAUAUUUUAUAUUUGACACACAGCUGGUCUGUCGUUUUCCUAUCUAUUGCUGUCGUCGAUUUGUUAGGAUGUAUAUCAUAUUUACUAUUCGGCUCUGGCCAAGCAAUUAUAUGAAUUAUAAAUAUAUACUCGAUGAUCUCUCUAUA